CUUUACACCAAAUCAAACGGACUUUUCACGAUUGUUCGGCGCCGCCACGUGUCAUCUAUAACCUUCGUUGGAUCUUGCCUUUCACACGUCACCAUUUUUCAUUUUCUUCUUCUUUUUAAUAUCAUCUCUUUCCCUCACUUUCUCCGUUUCUCGUCAAAAGAUUUUCCGAGAACAAAAUUCACCACUGAGAAAGAGAGCAAUUACAUUUAUAGAAAGCUUCAUAAGUAUCUUCUUCGCCGCCAUGGCUAUCUAGAUUCAUCGAUUACACGUGUUUUUAUGACUAUACGUGCACAAAGCUCUGUGUGUUUGCGUAACUUCGGUCAACUAUUAGAAAACGAGAGCGAGGUUUGUGAGAUAAAGAGAGAGGUAUGGGUUCGUCCUUGUCGAAUCUAAACGACGGGACGAAUGGUUUGGCUAUGGGACCUGGUCUCGGCGAUAUACCGGAAAGUUGUGUCGCUUGUGUGUUUAUGUAUCUGACUCCACCGGAGAUUUGCAAUCUGGCUGGAUUGAAUCGUUCUUUUCGUGGUGCGGCUUCUUCGGAUUCUGUUUGGGAAAAGAAGCUUCCGGAGAAUUAUCAGGAUCUGCUUGAUUUAUUGCCGCCGGAGAGGUAUCAUAGUCUCUCGAAGAAAGAUAUCUUCGCUGUGCUUUCUCGUCCAAUUCCUUUUGAUGAUGAUAAUAAGGAAGUAUGGAUUGAUAGAGUUACAGGACGAGUUUGUAUGGCGAUUUCUGCUAGAGGAAUGUCUAUUACUGGAAUUGAAGACCGGAGAUAUUGGAACUGGAUUCCAACGGAAGAAUCUAGGUUCCAUGUUGUAGCCUACUUACAGCAGAUUUGGUGGUUUGAAGUUGAUGGAACAGUGAGAUUCCAUCUCCCACCUGGUGUAUACUCUCUAUCAUUCAGAAUCCAUCUAGGGAGAUUCACAAAAAGGCUAGGGAGACGUGUGUGCCACUUUGAACUCACUCAUGGUUGGGAUCUAAAGCCGGUAAGGUUUUCGCUUUCGACUUCUGAUGGUCAAGAAGCAUCAUGUGAAUAUUACUUGGACGACGUAGAGAGAAACGAAGCACUUGGAAAACACAAACGCGGUUACUGGAUCGAGUAUAGGGUUGGAGAAUUCAUAGUAAAUGGAUCAGAACCAUCGACAGAAAUCCAAUGGUCGAUGAAACAGAUUGACUGCACGCACUCGAAAGGAGGGUUAUGUGUUGAUUCAGUCUUCAUAAACCCAAUUGGUGAUGUGAAAGAACACAAAAGGAAAGCUGUUUUGAAAGAAGCUUGAAGAAAGAAAGAAAGAAAGAAGAUCACACACCAAAACACCAAAAUCGUUUUGAUUCUUUCAAGGUAUAAUAUCAAUGACUGAUGGUUUAAUUUUCAUUUCUUAUUAGUGAUUUUGUCGUCAAUUUUACUGGUUCCCAAAAUUAGGGUACAUCGAGUCAAAUUUCAUUUUAUUAUUGUGCAUUUCAUCGAGUUUUUUAUUUUCAUACUCAUUUUGUUACAUAUUUUAGGCGAGAGGACAUUUUCUUUUUGUGUAUACCCAUGUUUCUGUGACUAUCUGUAUCCAACCAAGAUUAUCUAAAUUAUUUUGUGUCUGACAAAUUCCAAUUAUUUUUGUG